CGUUGCAGGAGGGCAGCUGGCACUGGCGCAGGGCCCGGGCGGCUCCUCCCUCUCCCCUGCCCCCCCACCCACCCCGGGCGCCACGCCCGGAGGGAGGGGGACUCGGGCAGGCUGGGGCUGCAGUCGCCGAGCGAGGGGCGCGCAGCGGCUGUGAUGGCGGGCUGUGGUGGGGCUGGCGGGGGGACCGGGGCCGAGGCCAGGGUGCAGGCCAACGGCCGGGAGUCCUAAGGUGCCGUCUGGCCCUACUUCACCAUGAACGUCGCGCUGCAGGAGCUGAGCAGCCGCGGCAACCAGAUGAUGGAGUACAAACAGGCCACGCUGAGGGAUGAAGACGCACCCGAGACCCCCGUAGAGGGCGGGGCCUCCCCGGACGCCGUGGAGGUGGGCAAAGGGGUUCCCCCUUUCUCACCAGGCCCCCACCCUGGCCUGAAGCCUGGCAUCCCCAGGAGCUCUGGGCUGUUCUGGAGGCUUGCCUGCCCCCACCUCCGCUCCGUCUCUGGCUUCUGCGCUAGGACUUUGGUAGGAUUCCAGAAGGGGACAAGACAACUCUCACGCUCACACACACAGUUGGAGCUGGUCUUGGCAGGUGUCUCGCUACUGCUAGCCGCACUACUUCUGGGCUGCUUUGUGGCCCUGGGGAUCCAGUACCGCAGAGACCCAUCCCACAGCACCUGCCUCACGGAGGUCUGUGUUCGAGUGGCUGGAAAAAUCCUGGAGUCCCUGGACCGAGGGGUGAGCCCCUGUGAGGACUUUUACCAGUUCUCCUGUGGAGGCUGGAUUAGGAGGAAUCCCCUCCCGGAUGGACGUUCUCGCUGGAACACCUUUAACAAUCUCUGGGACCAGAACCAGGCCAUACUGAAGCACCUGCUUGAAAACGCCACUUUCAACUCCAGCAGUGAAGCUGAGCAGAAGACUCAGCGCUUCUACCUGUCUUGCCUACAGGUAGAGCGCAUUGAGGAACUGGGUGCCCAGCCACUGCGAGACCUCAUUAACAAGAUCGGUGGUUGGAACAUCACAGGGCCCUGGGACCAGGACAACUUCAUGGAGGUGCUGAAAGCAGUAGCAGGGACCUACAGGGCCACCCCAUUCUUCACCGUCUACAUUAGUGCUGACUCUAAGAGUUCCAACAGCAAUGUUAUCCAGGUGGACCAGUCUGGGCUUUUUCUGCCCUCUCGAGAUUACUACUUAAACAGAACUGCCAAUGAGAAAGUGCUUACUGCCUACCUGGACUACAUGGAGGAGCUGGGCAUGUUGCUGGGUGGACGGCCAGCCUCCACACGGGAACAGAUGCAGCAGGUGUUGGAGCUGGAGAUACAACUGGCCAACAUCACAGUGCCCCAGGACCAGCGACGUGAUGAGGAGAAGAUCUACCACAAGAUGAGCAUCUCGGAGCUGCAGGCUCUGGCGCCCUUCAUGGACUGGCUUGAGUUCCUGUCUUUCUUGCUGUCACCGUUGGAGUUGGGUGACUCUGAGCCCGUGGUGGUGUAUGGGACGGAUUACUUGCAACAGGUGUCAGAGCUCAUCAAUCACACAGAACCAAGUGUUCUGAACAAUUAUCUGAUCUGGAACCUGGUGCAGAAGACAACUUCCAGCCUGGACCGACGCUUUGAGUCUGCACAAGAGAAGCUGCUGGAAACCCUAUAUGGCACCAAGAAGUCCUGCAUGCCGAGAUGGCAGACCUGCAUCUCCAACACAGAUGAUGCCCUUGGCUUCGCUUUGGGCUCCCUCUUUGUGAAGGCCACAUUUGACGGGCAAAGCAAGGAAAUUGCAGAGGGGAUGAUCAGUGAGAUUCGGACUGCCUUUGAAGAGGCCCUGGGACAGCUAGUUUGGAUGGAUGAGAAGACCCGCCAGGCAGCCAAGGAGAAAGCAGAUGCCAUCUAUGAUAUGAUUGGUUUCCCAGACUUCAUCCUGGAGCCCAAAGAGCUGGAUGAUGUUUAUGAUGGGUACGAAGUCUCUGAAGAUUCUUUCUUCCAAAACAUGUUGAAUUUGUACAACUUCUCUGCUAAGGUGAUGGCUGACCAGCUCCGCAAGCCUCCUAGCCGAGACCAGUGGAGCAUGACCCCCCAGACAGUGAAUGCCUACUACCUUCCAACUAAGAAUGAAAUCGUCUUCCCUGCUGGCAUCCUGCAGGCCCCCUUCUAUGCCCACAACCACCCAAAGGCCCUGAAUUUUGGUGGCAUUGGUGUGGUAAUGGGCCACGAGUUGACACAUGCCUUUGAUGACCAAGGGCGAGAGUAUGACAAGGAAGGGAACCUGCGGCCUUGGUGGCAGAAUGAGUCACUAGCAGCCUUCCGGAACCACACAGCCUGCAUGGAGGAGCAGUACAACCAGUACCAGGUCAAUGGGGAGAGACUCAAUGGCCGCCAGACACUGGGGGAGAACAUCGCUGACAAUGGAGGGCUUAAGGCUGCCUAUAAUGCUUACAAUGGAUGGCUGAGAAAGCACGGGGAGGAGCAGCGGCUGCCGGCUGUGGGGCUCACCAACCACCAGCUCUUCUUUGUGGGAUUUGCCCAGGUGUGGUGCUCAGUUCGCACACCAGAGAGCUCUCAUGAGGGGCUGGUGACCGACCCCCACAGCCCUGCCCGCUUCCGCGUGCUGGGCACUCUUUCCAACUCCCGUGACUUCCUGCAGCACUUCGGCUGCCCUGUUGGCUCCCCCAUGAACCCAGGGCAGCUGUGUGAGGUGUGGUAGACCUGGCUUGGGGAGGAAUGGCUGACUGUUGCCAGGGGCUGGGGCUGUUCUCCCAGAAAAACUGUUUGCUCCGGAGUUGGGAGAAAGCAAAUCCAAGCUGUGCUGGCUCCAGUCUCUCUACACCACAGGUGACAUAAGUACCAGUCCCUCCACAACUACCACAUCGUGCCUCUGCAUUGGGGGUGCCCCUGCCUCCAGCAGAGUCCCACCAUUCACUGUGACAUUCUUCCAUGUCACCCUCCCUGGAAGGGGUCCGGGCUGGAGUGCCAGUUCUGCCUCCAAGCUCAGUCAUGGGAUUGCUGUGCCUGCCCCCUCUGACCUUGCGGGCCCUGGUGUUUGUGCCUCCUGCUUCUCCCCAAGCCUUGCUCAGUGUUUCCUUCAGCCCCACUCUUGGGGCUACCUUCACUCUCCGACUCCUUGUCAUUGUGCUGUUUGUUCCCAAUACUGCAGCCAGCUCUCACUGACAGGGGCACUGUGCUCAGCUCCUAGGGGAAGCCUGAGGGCCUGUGGAAGCUUCCCUGCUGCCCCCUGGUUCCCUGGGCCGAGAGAGAGGAAGUGUGAAUGCAUAGGGCAGUCUCAACCUGUGGGUUGCGACCCACAGGAACUGUAUUAAAGGGCUGCAGCAUUAGGAAGGUUGAGAACCACUGGCAUAGGGGAUGUUGGUUCCUGUGUCUUAAGGCACAAGUCUUAGGGGUGACUGAUUGUUCCUAGACCAGACAGGAAAACAGACAGAGCAGGGAGAGGGGAAGAACAGUUUAUUUUUAUAGGGAAGAGGGUAGGGGAGGGUGUGGACUUGGCCCUCUAGGACUCUGUACCAAUAAAUAGACAAGCAUCAGUUGGCCUGUCUCUUCCUUCAGUCCUGUUUUCAUUCAUCCAUUCACCCGUUCCACCAGUAUUUAUCGAGUAAUUACUGUAUGCCAGGCACUAGACACUCAUUUUCUCACUUGCCAGAUAUUGGGGACUGUGAUUUAAAGCCUUGAAAAGACAAAAAAGGCAAGGUGGAGGAAAGGAGUGAAGUGGAGUCUAACAGGGCAGAGUGCAUCCUCUGCUCACUGAGGCCAUUGCUCUAUAGCCAGCUAUUCUCUAGCUGGAAGGAUUUGCUGCUCCCCUCCGCUGGUACAUGCAGCUGGGUUUCACACUGAAUCCAAGUAACCGCCAGGCCACGGUCGGCUUAGAAGAUGGGUAACCCUUACCCUGUGGUGGAGGGAAGCCCUGGCCCCCCCAAGGUAGUAUAUCACUCCCUAGAUCUCAGAACACAGGCCUCUGCUUGUAAAUGAAAAGACAAACAUUUCCUCUUAGCCUGAAAGGCCCAGAGCUCCUGAGUCAGUCAUUCUGCUUAUACUAACUCAUCAAGGCCUACCAAACACCAGGCACAGAGACCACAAAUAUGGCUUCUACCCUCCAAUGUGAGGGAGAGAAAAGUAAUAUUUACUGAAUGCUACUGGAACCUCUCAUGUCCCAGGCACCUGUGCUACGUGGCUCAUUUCUUUAUGCAUUCAUCCUUUUCUACGUUCACAGACUUUUUUUUUUCUUUUUCACAGACUUAUUUUUUUAAAAAUAUAUUGAUCAAGCCAGGCGCGGUGGCUCACACCUGUAAUCCUAGCAACUCUGGGAGGUCGAGGCGGGUGGAUUGCCUGAGCUCAUGGGUUCUAGACCAGCCUGAGCCAGAGUGAGACCUUGUCUCUAAAAAUAGCUGGCCGCUGUGGCGGGUGCCUGCAGUGGCAAUUACUUGGGAGGCUGAGGCAAGAGGAUCGCUUAAGUCCAAGAGUUUGAGGUUGCUGUGAGCUAUGGCACUUUACUGAGGGUGACAAAGUGAGACUCUGCCUCAAAAAAAAAAAAAAAUAUAUAUAUAUAUAUAUGUAUAGAUCGCCAAUGAUAUUUGUAUCAGGCACUGGUGAUACAAAAAUGAAUAAGAUGGGCAGGGAGGUGCAUCUGUAGUGGCCUCCCAAGCUACUCAGGAGGCUGAGGUGGGAGGAUAGCUUAAGCAGAGGAGUCUGUGGCCAGCCUGGGCAAUAUAGGGAGAUACUAUCCCUUAAAAAAGAAAGAAAGAAAGAAAAGUGGCAGAAUAUGGUAGGUCAUGCCUAUAAUCUUAGUAUUAUGGCAGGCCAAGGAGGGAAGAUCCCUUGAACUCAGAAGUUCAAGAUCAGCCUGAGCAGGAGUGAGACCCCAUCUCUAAUAAAUAGAAAAAUUAGCUGGGUGUAGUGGCGGAUGCCUGUAGUCCCAACUACUUAGGAAGCUGAGGCCAAAGGACUGCUUGAACCCAAGAGUUUGAGGUUGCUGUCAGCUAUCAUGCCACAGCACUAUAGCUUGGGCAACAGAGUGAGACUGUGCCUGAAAAAAAAAAAAAAAGAAAGAAA